GAAGCCAUUGCCACAAAGUCAUUCGAAAACUGUACAGUUAUUCAGUAUUUGGUGAAUAUCGAAAAUAUGGCGGAUGAUUUAGCUCAAAUGUUUGGACGAUAUUUACGAUUACCUGACGUUAAAGCGAAAAGAGUGAAAAGAGUUGUUCGAGCACAUCGUGUCGACAAAAAAAAAGAAGUAAAAAAAGCUUUGCUAAAGUUCUAUCCGCGAACCAUCGACAAACUUGUUCGCUGUGAAAGUGACCAGGACUAUAUUUCUCUUUUUACCAGGUACUUUGGAUCGGACUCAUAUUGGGCCACUCGAGGUUGGAUGCACUUGAAGGAUGCCCGAAGCCAUUUUGAUGAUUCCCGAACAUACGAGGGAGCCAUGCCACAUCAGAUAAAUGAAACGGAUGGCAAUUUACAUGAUUUUUACGUGAAUUACCUAUUGGAAAACAUGUUGAACAAAGUUUUCAUUCAAUUACACCCGAUCAUGCUCACUAGAAAAGAAAAAAAAUUGCUUGAAUUGUGUGGGCGUGAUUCGCCAUUGGAUCUCACGGAAAAACUCAAAAGAUAUAUUCAGUUCGGAAUUAACGUGAACGCAAAGGACAAAGACGGAAGGAAUGCGCUUCACCUAUUGUGUCGGUACCGUUCAAACCCAAAAUUAACCGACGCAAUUCAACUCGUAAUCAAAAGUGGAAUCGACGUCAAAGCAAGGGACAACGAUGGAAUGAAUGCCAUUCAUUAUCUGUGUCGAUACAAUUCAAGCCAAAAACUAAUCGACGCAAUUCAAAUUUUGGUUCAAUCCGGAAUCGACGUGAAGGCAAAAACUAAAGAUGGAUCAAAUGCGCUCUAUUAUUUAUGUCGAUACAGUUCAACCCCAAAUUUAGCCAAAGUAGUUGAUAUUUUGAUUGGAAUCGGAGUGGAUGAGAUCGAAGGGGACAAAUAUGGGCGGAAUGUGAAAUAUUAUUUGGAGAAGAGAGAUAAGAAGGAAAUGAAAAUUUGGGUGGACGGCGAAGCUCCUAUACUAGGGGAGGGUGGCUUUGCUACAGUAUACAGAGGGACGUUCGGAGGUCGUGAAGUGGCAGUAAAGAGAGUUCUAAUGCGUGAUGUGCACAAAAAAGAAGAAGAAGCAAUGCUAAAAUUAGAUCAUCCAAACAUCGUCAAACUUUUUCACUGUGAAAAGGACGAAAACUUUAUGUACUAUGCGUUGGAAUUAUGUCUCGCUUCUUUAGAUCAACUUUUCCUGAAGGAUGAUCCCAAGAAAUAUAACGGACGUAUGCCACGUCUAAUCGAAGUUUUCCGUCAAUUAGCUACAGGCUUGGCAUACAUCCAUUUAAAGGGAUUAAUUCAUCGAGACAUUAAACCAGAAAACAUCCUCAUUUUGCGAAAGUCUGGAAAACGUAAAAAGAUAAUAAUGAAAUGGUCUGAUUUUGGACUGGCCAAAUCCGUAAACGAAAAGGGACUUCACUCGUGGACUGGAGUGAAAGGAACCAGAACUUGGUUCGCACCCGAAGUGCUGAAAAAACUCAUCAACGGAAAAAAGGCGGAAAACGAAGAGUUUUGGGGCACCGUCAAGAGCGACGUGUUUGUCCUCGGCCUCGUCUUCGGUUAUAUUUUGUUGGAGGGAGAACAUCUAUUCGGCUCAAGUGAAUAUAAAAUUCACAAAAACAUAAUUAGAAAAAAUCCGGUGAAUAUGAAGAAUAUUGAUGGCGAAUUGCGCAUAUACUAUGAGGAUGACUUACUUCAAAAAAUGUUGCAAUACGAUCCGGAACAAAGAAUAAAUAUGGCAAAAGUGGUCAAACAACUGAAAUCCAUCAAGAAAAAACUGAGCACAUCCAAAAGAAGAGCAGAGAAAACUCCCGAAAAAUUUGUUAGUUACUCUUUGCCUGCUAAUUUGAAAGACCGCGGCAACUCCAGCCCAGCUCCUGGAAACGAUUCGAAUAAUGCAAAGGACUAUAGCGGAAAUCAGCGCCCCUUGAUCCCAUUCCCUGGACAACUGGAUUUGACUGAUAAAAAGACUGUGCUCGAUUGUUGGAUUGAAUUAUAUCAAAGCCAAAUUUCAACUGGCGCCAUGCUAGACGAGACGGAAAUUGGUGAAAUUCUACGCCAACUGAGAAUUGGUGAGAAUGCGAAGAACAAUAAUGAAUGGAUUCUGCUCCCUUGUUUGUAUCCAUCCAAUUCAAGCCCAGAUUUAAUUGGCUAGAAAUUUAAAGUGUAUUAAAUAGUGCUUUAAAGUGCAACUUAGAGCACUUCAUGUAUGAAACACAGCUCGUUUGUAGGCGAUGCAAUCCACUUGGACGAAGGAAAACUAAAAUAAGGCGACUGUUUCAUACUUUGAAUUCUUUUAUCUUUCAUCCCUAAAUUUCCCACUUUCUUGGCUGUAUUA